AUGGGAGUACCAAGUGUAAUACCACGUAUACUUCGCAUACCUUUCUUUAUCCUCAGAGGUUUUAGCUUAGUACCCGCCAGCUACGGUGUUGUUUCAUGUAUCUCAUCGGCGAGUUAUGUUAACCAUCGUGAUGCAAGUAACAUUUUGGAAUUGAGAAGCACCGAGUUGGACUAUUGGUUAGGUGCCAUGUGGUGCCUUUUAGCCGGUCUUUGGAGUUAUUGGCUUGCAGAUGGUCUCAUGCAUCGAUGGCUCUUUUAUUAUGAAGUCUACAGCGCAAUGAUCCGUUUAAUUUCUUUACAGACAAUUAAUUGUGUUAUUACAGCCUUCGUGGUAACACAUUAUGGUCCAGAUGAGCCAAUUUGGUCAUGGAUGUUUUGUAGCGUUGUUUUAGCCAUAUGCGAUGUGAUUCAGUGGCUUUUUACCUCAACCACGAAAUUUCAAAAGGAUGAUGAUCCAGAAAAAAUAAGACAAUUAAUUUGGAAGGAAAUAUUUCGUUAUAUAUUCGUACCUCUUGCAAUCUUUACAUUUAUUACAAUGAUUUGUCUUCUUGAAGAACAAUCAAGAUUCCGAUAUACUACUUCACUGAUACCUCCGCCUAGAGAUAUAAUUUGUAAUCGUGAAUGCCCAUUACAUUGUAUUACUGAUAGCAACUAA